AUGCAUCCAGUCGACUCUCUGCAGACGAAAGCUGUCUCAUUUUCGAAACGGCCGGAAACACCCCUUUGGCCCUGUGACGUUCUGGUCCCGGUCUGCGCGCACGACGGUCCUUUCCUCCAUCAUCCGGGUGCCCAUUCUAUCCGCGAGAAGCCGCCAAUCGUGGCAGAGCUGCGGCGUGUCUCCAUUUUCUCCGCCCCCCACCACCACCACCACUACCACCACUGCGGCAACCGGCCGAAUACGGCGCUCGCAUCCAUGCCGGCCAUGUACGACGUGCCAAAGCCCGGGCCGGCCAAUCUGUGGCCAGGCGCCGGACUUGACGACUGGCUUGCAGAGGCAAAGCAGUGCCACUAUCUGCCCGAGCCGGUCAUGAAGCAGCUCUGCGAGAUGGUCAAGGAGGUGCUGAUGGAGGAAUCCAACAUCCAGCCGGUGUCGACGCCGGUGACUAUCUGCGGCGACAUCCACGGCCAGUUCUACGACCUGCUCGAGCUCUUUCGCGUAGCCGGCGGCAUGCCUGGCGAGACGGACGUGCAGGCACCCAAGACGAUGACGUCGGUGAUCACGUCGGAAGAUAUCGAGCCGCCCACAGAGAUCCGCAACCCGCGGCUGCGGAGGAAGCUAAAGGACGGCGGCGGGGCCGCAUCCACAGCAGACAACGACGACGCGACGGCGACCGGCGACGGGGACAGCCACACGGGCAACACGACCGAGGGCAUGUCGGGCACAUCGCAGUCGGCCGACACGCGCUUUGUCUUUCUCGGCGACUUUGUCGACCGCGGGUACUUUAGCCUGGAGACGUUUACGCUGUUGAUGUGCCUGAAAGCAAGAUACCCCGACCGGAUCGUGCUGGUACGUGGCAACCACGAGUCGCGACAGAUCACACAGGUGUACGGGUUCUACGAGGAGUGCCAGCAAAAGUACGGCAACGCGUCGGUGUGGAAGGCGUGCUGCCAGGUGUUUGACUUUCUGGUGCUGGCGGCGAUCGUGGACGGCACGGUGUUGUGUGUGCACGGUGGGCUGUCGCCCGAGAUUCGCACGAUCGACCAGAUCCGCGUGGUGGCACGGGCGCAGGAGAUCCCGCACGAGGGCGCUUUUUGCGAUCUGGUCUGGAGCGACCCCGAGGAGAUUGCGACGUGGGCCGUCAGUCCGCGCGGCGCCGGCUGGCUGUUUGGCGAUAAGGUGGCCAACGAGUUCAACCACGUCAAUGGACUGACGACGAUUGCGCGGGCGCAUCAGCUGGUUAACGAGGGCUACAAGUUUCACUUCCCCGAAAAGUCCGUCGUCACCGUCUGGUCGGCACCCAACUAUUGCUACCGGUGCGGCAACGUGGCAUCCAUCAUGACGGUCGACAACAAUCUCGAGUCCAAGUUCCGCAUCUUCUCGGCCGUGCCAGACGAGUUCCGGCACACGCCAUUCGACCGACGGGGGCCAAAUGACUACUUCCUCUAG